UCAAGAGUUAUUUAAAUGUUUUUUUGGCGGUAUUUCGACUGACAGCGACGAGACGGGUAGUCAGUACAAGUUGACAAGAGCGGUAAUAGCGACGAUUACAAGGGUAACAAUACUGUAAAAACAACGGCGAUGGGGCAUACAUCAAAACUGACGAAUUGAACAAAUGACGCCGACUGGUGAUGUUGACGUCGACGGCAGAAAUGACGUAGGGAGCAUAAAUUUCGGCCACCAAACUGUACACAGAAGUUUGCAUAUAUCAGCAGCUUCCAGAGAAAAUUUUAAUCAAGCUCAGCAGCAGAAUGUAUCCAAUGUGAUUCCAACUGCACUGACUGUGUCACCAGUGAGUCCUCUGGAGCAUGCCUUAAGUGCAAAGACGGCUUCUAUUCAAACCAGUUUAAUUGUCAACCUUGUACUUAUCCAAAUUGCAAAACAUGUUCUAAUCCGUUAUAUUGUGACACCUGCCGAGACGGUUUUUGGGGUGAAAACUGUGACGCAAAAUGUGCAGAAGGGUGUGUUGAUAGAAAAUGCAAUACUACUAACGGUUUGUGUUCUUGUCUUAUGAACUAUUACGGAAAUAAAUGCGAAGGACAAUGUUCAGACCAUUGCCUACCUUCCACUUGCUUUGGUGAAAGUGGAAACUGUGCAUGUAAACAAGGUUAUUAUGGGGCAUCAUGUCGCUACAAAUGUGGCGAUUAUUGCGCCGAUUGUAUGAAUAUCACGUCAUGCUCAUUGUGUGAAACAGGAAAGUUCGGUAGUUCGUGUCAAUUCUAUUGUCAAUGCGAUGUCAAUGCAUGUGAUAUUGAGACCGGAAUGUGUCUCCCUUGUGGAGCAGACUGUUUGUCUUGCAAUAAUAACGUGUGCACUUCAUGUGUAACCGGUAAAUUUGGAAGUCGAUGUGAGCAUACGUGCUUGUCUACUUGCUAUUAUGGAUGUGACAUUGAAGGGAAUUGUCAGUUGUGUGAUUCAGGGUAUCAUGGGCAUAAAUGUGAAUUUCAAUGCAAUUGCGAGUUCGGGUGCGAUCAACUUCAUGGUCACUGUUUGAAUGACACUUGUCCAAUAAACUGUAAUGGUACUUGUGAUGAUUCUUCACUUACAUGUUAUUCAUGUAAUCGUGGUUAUGACGGACCAUAUUGCAACUUAACGUGCCCUAUUAAAUGUGCUGAUUCACGAUGUUAUACCAA